AUGACGCAGUUCGCUGCACGGAAGGCCUUCACGGACUCCGGUAUCACGCUCGACCCGAGUCCGGACCGGAUCUUGGCCCGGCUUCCCGGCGCUUCCGAUGCAGCUCGUCGAUCAGGCACGCAGGAACGACGGGCCUUACAGCCGGUGCUGGUGCCGCAGUCAAACGCCGCCGUCGACUAUGCGAUCGACGACUACCGCCAUCUCAACGACAAAAGAGAUGCGCGAGAGCUAAAAAGGGCGCUUCUUCAAGCGUUUGAAGCGCCUCACGCCACCAUCUCGGUGCUUCAGGCCGAGAAUACGAUUCUCCACGCACAGCAGGAGCGCAUCAGGAGGUCGACGAAGAAAGUGUUGGAUUUGCCCACAGACGUCCUUGACGCCAUCGUGUCAUUCGACACCAUCAACGACGACGACUCAUAUUCCGGUAUCUUCUGGGACAAGGUACCCGCCGCCACAUCAUCUUGCGUUCGUCUGUAG